AUGCGCCGACCGGAGAUAAAUACCACGCGGCUCCCGAAGCAGCUGUGCGAGGAACUGGGGCUGAAAGACAGCUGGGACACCGGCCGGCCGAACAGAGGGCGAGGGAAGCCUCUGAGCAGGAAGGAAAGGCGAAAGGAAGAACGGUCGCAGAAGAAACAGCAUCACCAACAGCCGCGGAAGUUGAUACAGCCCCAUAUACGAGAGGAACAAGACCAGGGUUCUAGUGCAGAUGUGUCUUCGGACGACGAUGCUAGUGGCAGAGACGUACGUGCAGCUGCGCCGACGAGACCAGAGCCGAAGUCUAUUCUGAAGAAGCGGAAGCGAAGUGAUGAUACUCAGAAGCCUACGAAGAAGAAUGACGACGCAGAGAUUCUACCUGCUGAGCGGAAAAUAUCACGGGCAGUUCAGGAGAAGCUUGAAGAGGAUGACAGGGAGAUUGCUCGGCUAGAGAAAGCCUUGGGGCUGAAAGGGAAAAAGAAGCUCCCGAAAUCUUUUGAAGAAGAUGGGUUAGCUGAUAUACUGGGUGAUCUGGGAGGAUACGACUCCGAGACUGACUUGAGGAAGCGCAAGAAAGAGGGCGAUGAAUGGCUACAAAAUAAAAGGAGGAAGGGACAGGCACAGGCACAGGCAGAUGUCAGUCUUGACGAAGAAACUGAUGAGAGCAAUGAUGAUUUCGAUAUGGACGGUGAAGAGGAUGAAACGGGAGACGAUGAUGAUGGUGAUUUGCUGGAGGAAUCAGAAGGCAGUGACGAGAGCAGUGAAGGGGACAGUAUGGACGAGUUCGAAGGCUUCGAGGACGAACCCGAGCAGCCUCCAAAGCGAAUAAAAGAGAAUCCAUAUGUCGCACCUAUAGCCCCCUCCAGCAACGACCAGCCAAAAUAUAUCCCCCCAUCCCUGCGUGCGGCUGCAUCAACUGAACCCGAAGCUCUCGUUCGCGUUCGUCGUCAACUGCAAGGCCAGCUCAACAAACUAUCCGAGGCCAACCUGAUAUCUAUACUCUCCGAGAUCGAAAAGAUGUAUCAAGACCACCCUCGGAAAAACGUCACAUCUACUUUAAUAGACCUCUUGCUUGCUCUAAUAGCAGAUAGGAGCGCCCUUAACGAUACCUUCAUCAUCCUUCACGCUGCCUUCAUAUCUGCGGUGUAUAAGGUGGUUGGGAUGGAUUUUGGAGCAGAGCUUGUCCAGCGUAUCGUGGAGAAGUUUGAUGAAAUCUACGAAGACAAAUACACUAGCGAUCAUGCAUCAAAGAGCAAGAUGCUGUCCAACCUGAUGUCUUUGCUAUCGCAUCUAUAUAAUUUUCAUGUUAUCGGAAGCAGUCUAGCGUUUGACUAUAUCCGUCUACUGCUGACGGAGAUUAAUGAGCUGAACACUGAACUGCUUCUGAAAAUUAUCAAGAGUUCUGGACCUCAGCUGAGGCAAGAUGACCCCUCUGCGCUCAAGGACAUUGUAAUGCUGGUUCAGCCUGCGGUAGCUCAAGUCGGCGAGGCAGCAUUGUCAGUUCGUACAAAGUUUAUGAUUGAAAUAAUCACAGACCUCAAAAAUAACCGUCUAAAAACCGGCAUUGCCGGCACAGCAAUAGCUUCCGAGCACAUUACCAAAAUGAGAAAAGUGCUUGGAACUCUGAACAGCAGAAACCUCAGAGCUAGCGAGCCACUCAGAAUAAGCCGGGCGGAUAUUCAUAACUCCUCCAAGACAGGUAAAUGGUGGCUUGUUGGGGCAAGCUGGAAGGACCCCUCAAUGGUCAACGACCAUGGCAAUGAAUCUAGUACAACUCGUGAUGCACUUGUGGCAGACACUCUAGACGACGAUAUCACGGGAGGAGAAGUUGACUUGGGCCGACUUGCCAGAGCCCAUCGCAUGAAUACCGAUGUUCGACGAUCGAUAUUCGUUGCAAUAAUGUCAGCAACUGACUGUCGAGAUGCAUAUCUCCGGCUGACCAAGCUCCGUUUGAAGCGAAAUCAGGAGGCGGAAAUUCCUCGCGUGUUGAUGCAUUGUGCAACUGAAGAGGAAGCACACAAUCCCUACUACACGCUGAUAGCACGUAAACUAUGCAGCGAGAAGAAAAUGAGAAUGGCGUUUAUGUUCUCCCUUUGGGAUAUUUUCAAGAGGAUGGGAGAGCGAGGCCAUUUGGACGAGGAGGACGAUGAUUUCGGUGGCUUCGAUUUCGAAGAAAAGGAAAAUGCACUCAGCACACGAGCGAUAUUUAACCUGGCGAAAAUGUUUGCCAGUCUAAUCGUAGAGGGUAGUUUGUCUUUGGGCAUCCUUAAAAUCCUCGAUUUCCCAUACCUGCAGCCGAAAACGAAGAUGUUUGUGGAGAUUCUUCUGAUCACAGUCAUGAUCCAGUCACAACAGAAAUCGUACAAGAAAGCCAAAAGUGAAGGCAACGGCGACGGUGAAUACGACGAGAAGGCUCUAGUAACUAUCUUUAUGAAAACCACUGAGACGCCACAGGUUGUUGCAGGGCUUCGAUAUUUCAUGCGCAAAGUCGUCACUAAGUCAGACGUGGUGUCUUCGAAACGUGAUAAGAAACUAGUGAAAUGGGCAUGCAAAAUGGCCCUUGACACGCUGAGUAUUGUUGCAGAAGGAGGUUCAGCAGCUUAG